UCGCAGGGUGGAUCAUAUCCCUGAGUAGCAUUGGAAUUAGCCUUGUAUAGUGAUGGUGAAAGCAGUUCUUGUGCCCUUAGGUGGGCAUGCGUAGUAUUACCUUUUGUACCUGCAUAUUUGUAAAAAGGCAAGUUUUUAAUCAAAAAGGAGAAAAAAGUUAAAAGGUAAUGAGAGAAAAAUGUUAUGAUUUCCCCAUGUUAAAAAACAUUUCAAACUGAAGAAUGGGGAAAAAGAAGGGGAAAAAAGAAGCAAAAAGCUAAAAGAAAAAAGAGAAAAAAAAAAGAGAAAGAAUGCAAAUGAGAUAUGCAGUAAAUUCCUCAAGUUCAUGCUAUUAUGUGAAGGCUAGUUUUGUCCUCAACAUGAAAUAUCUCGUAGAGGUCAAAUGUAGUCAUGAUCUGAAAAUCCCUCAAGAGCCCUACUAUUCUGCAAGAGGAAUUGAAGAGUGGAGGCUGGUAAAUGACAUGCCAAUAUCAGUGGCGAGUUUGGUUGCUGAUCGCUGGUGGAUGUGGCGCAUCAGAUUUGAUUGGUAUAGAGCCUGAUGUGGUGGAUUAUGCAUGCACUCCGGAGGAAGUUCAGCAGCAUUUUCAAGCAUGUGGAACAGUAAAUCGUGUGACUAUUUUGACUGAUAAAUUCGGGCAGCCCAAAGGUUUUGCAUAUGUUGAGUUUCUUGAACAAGAAGCUGUUCAAGAGGCCCUGCAACUGAAUGAAUCUGAGCUACAUGGACGUCAAUUGAAGGUUAUGGUGAAAAGGACCAAUGUUCCUGGAAUGAAACAAUACCGUCCAAGACGAUUCAAUCCUUACCUUGCAUAUGGAUACAGGAGGCCUUAUGUUCCCCCCUAUUUCUAUUCUCCCUAUGGUUAUGGCAAGGUCCCAAGGUUCAGGCGUCCAAAUCGCUACAUGCCUUAUUACUGAAAUACCUGCUGCAAUUCAGCUUGUCCAGAUGCAGCAUUCUAAAGUCAAGAUCCAUUUUAUCGCACUUUAAUAGAUGUAUGAGACUUGUCCGCAUGAUCUAUACACUUUAUGACUAUACUUCGUCAUGAGCAGUUUAAUUGCGGGAUAUACUUGUUCUUGGCAUUGUAAGGAUCUUGCCAUUCCAUGCCUUUUAUGUACCAUUAUCUUAUCAGUAGACAAGCGUUCCUGUUAGAAUAUAGCACGGAUGAGCAUUUUCUUUCUUUUAUCUAUAGUCCUUUGCUAUUUAA